AUGAAAAAUCAUCUCAUAUUUUGCCUCCUCCUAACCACCGUGGCCUCCCAAGGCCUCCUGGACAACAUUGGAAAACUCUUAGGCAAUCUAAAUGGCGAAGGCGGCCCAGGAGAUCACGGAGGUGGUGGUGGUGGAGGUCGAGGCUGGGGACCUCAAGGUGGUCCAGAUCGCUUUGGAGGACCUGGUGACUUCCGUGGCCCUCCACCAGGACCUGGACCUUUCGGAGGCCGUCCACCCCCAGGCAGUGGUGGCUGGGGUGGUGGUCCACCUCCACGGGAUGAGUUUGGUGUUGCUCCAGGUGGUGGUGGCAUUGGCCAACGACCUGGCGGUCCGGGCAACGGGCCUGGCGGUGUGUUAAAUUUGAAUGGACUUUUGGGAAACGUUAUGAAUGAAGUUGGUCACGCUGUCCAGACUGGUCAUUUCGAUUUGCGCAGCGCUUUGGCUCAUAUCACUGAAGGCACAGGCCUUGAGGGCAUUUAUCAAAAGCUGAGUAAUGCUGGAAAGAACUUCUUGGCUCCGAAGCCGACUGAACGUGGCAUACCGCCUCACGUUUUGAGAAGGAUUAUUAGGUUUUGUUCUAGACCGGAAAAUCGGAAUCAUCCAAAGUGUCAGUAAGUGAAUAUGAAAAUAUAAGGCUAAUCAAAAUUGAUUGCUAACAUCAAUUUUAAUUUACAAAAUACAAAGUUUUAAGCGAUUUUUACCUCUAAAACUCCAAAAACCACCCUUAUAAAACACUAUUUUCAGAGGUCAUCCAGAAUGGCAAUCUGACGACACCCUACCCGAAGGUCCAGGUCAAUUCAAUUCAAUUAAUGACGUAUUUGACCUACUCAACUUCCAGCUUCCUCCACUACCACAGCUAGCUCAACAGUACAUUUUUGGGAAUGUGCCAGAGAAUUUGAAAGAGAUUGUUCCUAAACCUACUCACAAGCUGAGCAAUGAGCAAAAGACUGCCAUUUUGAACAAAUGCAAAGGAGGAGCUUGCUUGAAACAGCCUGUGGACGUGCUGAAUCGAAGAGCUUCCAUUGCCGAGCAUGAAGCUUCGGUUAGGAAGCUUUUUAGCCCUGGAAAGUAAGUUAUAGUGUAUGAUUUUCGAUUACAAGCCUACUACAAUAUACUUUUUCUUAGAUCACUGAGAUAUCAACUAAAAAAUGUCAAUGAAUAAAACAAAAAAUGAGUAAAAAUGACCAAAAUCUUCCCGGUUAUCAACUAAAAACCUUAUCCUAUUCUCUUCAGAUCCCAAACCGAAAUCGACAAAGACAUUGAGACCAGAUUCGCCCGUACUCACCAACUCAAGAAGGCCAUUCUCACCAAGUCCGGUAUAAGUAGCGAGGUGGAACCUCACAACGACGGAGUGUUCCAAAACGAUAUUCUCCUUACCACAGAACAAGCCGAAGCCAUGAUCAAUGCCGUUAACAACGACGAUCCCGGCACGGUUCCGGUUGUGAAUCGCGGUGGCCGUAAGAAACGUUCUUCACUGUUCUUUGAAGAACAGUUGGUUAAGAAAUGGCCUGCUGGUGCUAUUCCGUAUGUAUUUGACAGUAGUUUGAGUGCUUCCGAACAACAAACUAUUCAAUCGGCUAUUAGCGAGAUUCAAUCGAAAACAUGCCUCAAGUUCCAGAAGUUGGCUUCUAGACCCUCGAGCUCGCAUAUCUUUUAUGUCAAAUAUGAUUCGACUGCUUUGUAAGUUGGUUUUGGUUUGAGGUAUUAUAUUGUGUUAGGUUCUGCAAGUAUAAUAACAUGUCUUGAAUUUGUUUUAUCAAUAUUGUUUUAGUUGUGGAUUGAGUAACAUUGGCUUGAACAACCUUGGAAACCCAGUUUAUCUCACAUUCAGGUGUACAAACGUAAGUUUAUUGAUCAUUUUCUUUACAUUAUAACAUUAUUUUGUCUUUUCUUGUUGAUUAUCUUGAAGUUUUUGAUUUCUUUUUGUUUUUUUUUAAAUUUUUUCAGGUUUUUUAAGCCCGACCCUUUAAUAUUGUCAUAUAACUCCUACGUUUAGCCCAAAAACAACCUUCUCCCUAGCCUAAACCCCCAUUUUCAGCAACCAGCCAAAGGUGUAGCCAUUCACGAGACUCUACACGCCCUUGGCCUAGCACACGAGCACGUUCGUUCCGACCGUGACGAUCAUAUCACAGUAAACUGGGCCAAUGUCGACCCUCAAAACUAUCAAUUUUUCGGUGUAAAUGACGCCAAACUGUUUUCAAGUUACGGUGUAACUUAUGACUACGGUAGUAUUAUGCAUUAUGCCAAUACUAUAGCCGCGAAAAGCCCUGGGGCUAUUACUAUGACAGCGUUGCAGAAUAAUGGGGCUAAUGGUCCUCUUAUGGGUCAGAGGAACGGUUUGAGUCAACAUGAUGUUGAGAUUUUGAACAAAAUGUAUUGCAAACCGGCUAGUAAGUUGUUUCACUGCUUUAGCUUUGGAAAAUUACAUACCUUAGCUUCAGAAAAUCAAUUCUUAUUAAAAAUCUAUUACCUAAAUUUCAAAAAACACCAUUAUUUCUAUAGUUGUUACCUAAUCAUCUAACAAAAUGUUCCUAUGUUGUAAAUUUGUUACCUAAAACCCUCAAAAACAGCCUUCAUAACAAAUUUGUUACCUAAAAAUCUAAAAAAUUGUAAUUUUCAGCCUGCAAAGACGAAAACAUUUACUGUGGUAUCUGGGCAAACCGUGGCAAAUGCAGUAACGCACCAAAUGCUUGGAUUUUCCAACACUGUAAAAAAUCAUGUAACUACUGCUAA